CAGACAGGGUGCAGGUGCAUCAGUAUUAUUUUUUUUAAAAACAUAUAUAUCUAUUUAAUUACACUAACCGCUUUCUUUUCAGCGCUCACGCCACCAUGGGCCAGUGUGGGAUCACAUCUUCCAAAACCGUGCUGGUUUUCCUCAACCUCAUCUUCUGGGCUGCAGCUGGGAUCUUAUGCUACAUUGGAGCCUAUGUGUUCAUCACAUACGAUGACUACGACCACUUCUUCGAGGAUGUGUACACUCUGAUUCCCGCUGUCAUAAUAAUAGCUGUGGGGACUCUCCUCUUCAUCAUCGGCUUGAUCGGCUGCUGUGCUACAAUACGGGAGAGCUCCUGUGGCCUGGCCACUUUUGCUGCCAUCCUCCUGCUGGUGUUUGUCACAGAAUGUGUGGUGGUGGUGCUCGGCUACAUAUACAGGGCAAAGGUCGAAGAUGAAGUCAAUCACUCCAUCCAAAAGGUUUACAACAAAUACAACGGCACCAACAGUGACGCUCCCAGUCGUGCGAUUGACUAUGUGCAGAGGCAGCUUCACUGCUGCGGCAUUCACAACUACUCUGACUGGAGAAACACUCGCUGGUUUAAAGAGUCGAAAAACAACAGUGUCCCAGUCAGCUGCUGCCAGCCCAGCAUCACCAACUGUACAGGCACUCUCACUCGACCAGCAGACCUCUACCAGGAGGGUUGUGAAGCUCUGGUGGUGAAGAAAUUAAAGGAGAUCAUGAUGUAUGUCAUAUGGGCUGCUCUAACAUUCGCAUCAAUACAGAUGCUGGGCAUGCUCUGUGCCUGCGUGGUGCUGUGCAGGAGGAGUCACGACCCGGCGUACGAGCUGCUGGUCACCACCAACAGCUACGCAUGAGGAGCGCCGAGCGGCCGAGCGAGCACCUUAAAAAUCCACGGGAGCGUCACCGGACAUGUCCACAGUAGAUAUCAGACGUAGUUAUAUAAGCUCAAGCACACCUUGCACAACUCAUGAUAAAGUAGCGAACACUGACGAUGUGGUCUGGGUGGGUGGGUGCUUCAAGGGAAACCCCGUUAUUUAUUGACGUGCUUUUUAAUUACCAUCAUUCUGAAUGUUUUUUUAUUUUGUUUUUUCUUACCAAUACUGAAAAACGUUGCAAAGCCAAAGUCAUGUAAGGCUAAUAUACGUUAUUGAUGUAGAUGCAGAUUUUCCUCUUUUUAUCGUGGCUUCUUUGAGUUUGUGUUUAUUCCCAUUGAGGGCGACGAGGAGCAGUUUGGAGCUUAGCUGUACAAAUCUGCUAUGAAGUGAUUUAUGGAAUGUAUUUCAUUGUGUGCAGGUUUGCACUCUGCAGCUGGAGCUCUGGAGAUAUUACACGGCUGUUUAAAUGCAUAAGCUUUGCUCAAUUGAACUUGUAAACACUAUUCCUACGUCUCCGGAUUGAGCAGAGGUUUUUUUUUUUUUUUUUUUUUUUUUUUUUCCGAGAAAAGAAAAUCUUUUCACCGCAUUAAAAGAUUGGAGGCUCUGUUUUAACAAUGCAAUCCAGUGUUUAAGAUAAACUUCCCAGACAGAAUGUGAAUCAGUCUUUUGUGUUUUGUUGUAUUUUGUUUCUGAAGCAGCUUUUCGUCUCUAAAGCCAUGUCUGGUAG